AUGCCUCCAAAACAAAAGCAAGAAGGUGACCGUAAAGGAAAGAGCCGAUUGUUGUCAUCCGAAACAUCGGUCGUCUCGAUUGUGCUUGAGCAACCCAUCCAAGACUCAACCAUCGCCUCUGGAUUCUCUAUCGAAGAGUCGUCUACUCCUGAGCGAAUUGCUCAAGGCUCUUCAACUACAUUGACGCCGUCAUCGUCACCUACUUCGAAAAUCCCCACUGUUGUUUCGACUCUCACCUCUAGAGCGUCUACGACCCCUGUCAACAUUACCGCGACCAGUGCAGCCUCCUCCUCCUCCUCUCCCUCAACUCACAAGCCUCAUGUUCGUUCUAAAAAAGUCCUCAAACCUAUUGCCUCAUCUACACCUCCUACCACUACCACAACAGUCACCACCACAAACAAUGACCCUCCCUCCACGCCUCCCGAACAACCAGCCUCACCCCACAUCCUCCUGAACCCACCUCCAACUCUAUCGCAAGUCCGAAGCCGCCGUCGAAAGAAUACCCGCGACAAGAGUUCGACCGCCACCACUUCAAAUCGCGCUUCGUCGUCGUCGUCCGCCUUCGCGAAUGGUUCUGAGAGAGUAGAGGUGAAACAGGGAAGGAUAUGUCCGAGUCUGAGGAACCACCCGGCUCUGCGCAGGAUCUUGGGGGAAGAGAUGCCUCAUCUUGUUCCUCCUCCUCCUCUUCUUCCGGCCUCCGGUGUUGGCGGUUGGGGCGAGGUCUUGAAAAAAGAAAGGGCAACAGAAACAGACGAUGAAAUGGGGACAGCGACAGCGACAGGGACAGGGACAGCGACAGGGACUGACGCGAGUUCCUCUGCGACGAACUCUGCAGCAGGACGCAGGCGGUCACGGUUUGAGACCUGGGAGGAGCAAGACGAGAACGAGGAUGAUGGUGAUGAUGAUGGAUAUGAUGAAGGAACUGAGGACCACGAUACAGGAACUGGGGGCCACGAAGAAUCAUCUACUUCUGCCUCUGUUACUCUGUCGGCUUCAAAUUUGACUUACACCACCUACACGUUCUACCUCCCACCAAGAGUAGAUCCAGCUUAUCCUCAUGGCUUCUCUGGGCUCAUUUCCGUCCCAACCCCAAAUACCACCACAGCUGCCACUUCUACUACCACUGCCAACGCUACCGAGGCUACCGCUGAUGGAGCUACCUCGACGGAUCCGACAUCUAAAACCUCUCCUUCUUCAAUCACAACAAACACCACAUCUUCUGCGUCAGGAUCAGAUGACAGUUCAGAGCCGGAGCAAAGCACCGAUCAGAGCCAGGGUCCACCAGCAUCGUUGACAAAUCCAAAGGCGACUGCGCAUGGAGCACUAGCUGGCCUUGUGGCUGCGAUCAGCCAGUACUUUCUUUUAAGCGAUUCAUCAUUAUCAUCGACAGGACUCUUGAUUGGGGAUACAUUUGUAGAAUCUCCUUCAGACGCACGCCUUCGCCAAACGCAGUUGACUACUGCUGUCGGAUCCGGAUCGUGUAACGAGACGACAGCUUUCUUUACGACUCCGAGUGUCACUUUGCCAGUGUCAACCCGACCGAGUGUCAUUGGAGGUGAGGGUGGAGACCUUACCUCUGCAACUGCCUAUAGUGAACGUGAAGCCCAGAGGCAACAGCAAGAUCGACAACGGAAUUUGCCUCAGGAACUUCGAUUGAGCAUGACCUUUCAAGUCGAGCAGCGCGCAGAUCAACGUCGACAUGUUGUCCUGAAAGAAAUUGAGGUACUGCCUGUGCUCAGGGGCCAGUCGGGCUCCCCGGCCACGUUACCGCCUUCUUCUUCGUCUCAGUCACCUGUCAGUGUACGCGGUCAUCGCAUGAAGCGCCAACAUUCACGCGACUAA